GCCCAUUUGUAGUCCACAUGGGACACGUCAUUCUCAUGCGCCGCAACAACAUCCAAAUGUGGAGGACGCAAGCAUGGACCACCUUCAUGGAAGAUUUAUCCUUGUUCAUAUAUUAACUUACUGUGUCAUUUCAGCCGAAAAGGCGUGUCCGGGCUUCUCGUGUGUAGGGGGCGGUUGUGUGUCCAGCACCUCGCUCUGUGACGGCUCUCCGGACUGUCCCGACGGCUCCGAUGAGUCGCAGCACAAUUGUGGAGGGCGUCGUUGUCAAGGCGAUGAGUUUGCGUGCGGCGGCGGUCGCUGCGUCCCCCUGCGCCACCGCUGCGACGGCGCCGACCACUGCGGCGACGGCAGCGACGAGGCCUCCUGUCUCAACUGCACCUUGGACGCCUUCCGCUGCCCGCCGUCGGGGCCCUGCCUGCCCCGUGCCAAGCUGUGCGACGGACGGCCCGACUGCCCGGACGGACGGGACGAGGGCGGCUUCUUGUGUCAUGCCCCGCCCCUCUCUUCGUCUUCUUCUUCUUCAUCUUCAUCCCCUGCCAUCGCUUCGUGCGGCUCCUCAGAGUACGGAUGCAGCGACGGGUCGUGUUUGCCGUUGUCGUGGCGAUGCGACCGCUCCCCGGACUGCUUGGACGGCGCCGACGAACGGGACUGCGAUCAAGACGAGUGUGCGGUGGCCAACGGCGGCUGCUCCCACCAGUGCUUGGACCUGCCCAUGGGCUUCAUGUGUGCUUGCCCCAGCGGGAUGAGGUUGCUGCGGGACAACCAGUGUGAAGAAAUAGACCCGUGCCUGGAGCACGACCUGUGUGACCAGCUGUGUGUCUCCACCCGGGAUGGCGGAUCGGGGUGUGGGUGCAACGCCGGCUACCAGCUGGGCCCAGGAGCCGGGCAGUGCAGAGCCAACGGCGUCACGGCCCAGCUCCUCUUAAGCACCUUUGAGGACGUCCAGUCGAUCACGGUCAGCGGCAGGGCGGACAGAGACCGGACCAUGCGUACAACUAGCCCCGGCGCCAUGGCAACCUGUGUUGCUACGAACACACUCUACUGGGCACCGCAAGCAAAGGGAUCCAUAUUCCGGGUCUCCAUGGACACCUCCCCGUGGACCCCCGUCCUGGUCCUGAGAGGUCAGGGGUCGGUGUCGGCCCUGGCUGUCGAUUGGAUCCACCGGCAGCUUUACUGGAGCGACCAGCAGAAUGGGUCCGUCACUGUGGGGGCCCUGGACGGCCCGGAGCCACGGCCGCUCAUCGGGGGCCUUCAGCGGCCCACUGCCCUGGCGGUGGAGCCCUUCCUCGGACUUCUCUUCUGGGCAGAGAGCGGCAUCUUCCCCAAAAUCAGGAGAGCAGGCUUGGAUGGCCAAGACGUGGUGACCCUGGUGGCUUCCUCCAUCUCCAACCCGGUGGCUAUCUCCCUAGAUGUGCCCCGCCAACUGCUGUUCUGGGCGGACCAGGGCGCCCGGAGUGUCUCCCGUGUCGACCUGGCGGGCAGACACCGCAAGACCGUGCUGAAGUCCAAUGGCUACAUGGACCAGCUCUCUGGCCUGGCCGUGUUCGAGGGGCAGGUGUACUGGUCAGACGGAGGGAGUCGCUCCGUCUGCAGCAGGGACAAACACAACGGCAGCUCCUUCAGAGUGCUGCUGCAGACCUCCACUCCACCGGGGGCCCUGGUAGUCACCCACCCCCUCCUACAACCAACCGGCGUGCCGGUGGUCCCUCAAAGCCCAGCGGUGGAGGUGUUGCCGGACGCGACCUUCGCCUGGAUCCUUUCGCUCAUCGUGUUCCUGUGUGCGCUGCUGCUGGGCCUAAUGGUGUGCUGGUGGUGGAGGGUGGAGUUGAGGCCCCCAAGGACCCUCCAGCUGCAGACCGUGCUCCAUAAGGAGUCCCAGGACCCCCUCCUACAUGGAGCCCCCCUGGCCCCACACACAGGCACUGUCAAGGAGACGCUGUUCAAGGUGGACCAGGACACGGACUGACCUCGCCCGGCGGCCGGUCGGGUGAAGCCCAUCCGGCCCCCACCCAGACGGAUCUCCUCCCCCAUGCUCCCUCCUCCUUUUCGGUGGGUGGGCGGGACCCACGUCGCCCACAAGCUGCGCCCCCCCCCCCCCCCCCCCCCCCCCCAGAGCACCUUCAGCUCAGCUCAAGAGCUCACCCCGGAGAGAUCUCCUCUGCCAGGCAGGGCGUAGGGCGGGUUGUUGUCUGUGUGUUCUUUGGUCCCUGCAUUAACCAAGCCCCUUGGUGUGGAGGAAGAGACAAUGCAGGCCAGGGGUCACUGCCUAUCGUGGGGGUGAGGGGGAGAGUUGCUCAGAAACGUACCCCAUUUCCUCUGCUUCCUUCCCCCCCCCAACCUCCCAUGAACGUCGCCCAGUUGCCACCUCUGCUGGCGCUGAAGCACCGAGGUCAGUGAUGUGAUCUGUAGUGGCUGGCACUCCCGCUGGGAUAAGUCCUUCCUCUGUGCGGUACACUGUGCUGUACUUAUAGCCCUGUCUAGCCUGCUGCGCGCCAAAUCCUGCUGGCUACCUUCCAUGGUUGGGGAUUUAGGUCCAACGCCCGGACAUGGGAUAUAAACUAAUCUAUAUCGAGGAAAAUUCUUAUUUCUAUUUAUUUUUGCACUUAAACAGCCUUUAGUGGAGUAUUGGUUAACCUUUAUGGCCUAAUAGAUUGCUUUUUACUUUUUAUUUCGGUCCAAUUGAUUAGCUGACAGUCAAGGUUCUAGCUACAGUCUGAGUCGUUGUAAGGCUUUCCACCCAAGCACUGGCCUUCCACGACCUGCCUGCAGCAAUAAUCUAUGCAUUCAUUAACACUUGAAACGGUACACAACGCCUCGAUGCCUUCCACUCCCACCCCAAGGUUAAACAGUGAGGUACAACAGGCUGGUUAACUAGUAUUGAUGCAAAUCUUCCAUUUAUCUGAUGUGUCUGAUGUGUGUCAUGGAGUCUUAUGGGAUGAGACGUACCGUAGUGUAUAUGUUACAAGAGGAAGAUCUUUAUUUAUGUUUUUUAGUCCAUCGCAAGAUGAUGGUGUUGAAGACCCUUUAAGAGUUUUAUGUUAUGUUAUUAAAAUGAAAGAGGAUUGGUUGGUUUAGGCACAAUGCAUUUUUUUAUUUUAAGGAAUGUCCCCUUUUUGAAAAGAUUAGCCAAUAUCUUGUAUUUUCUGGGAUUGCAACCUGUGCUUUUGUACUUUGACUACCGCUGAGGGUUCUAGUAGCUGCGGGCUAGAGAGCUGAUUGUUAAGUUAGCUAUUUAUUUGUCCGCGUUGGGUUGGUUUAUUUAUUUUGGGUGGCAUUGGCUCUCCUAUGACUUUGCAGUGUUAACCAGAGCUAGGGUUUAGACUACAUGGUGUAAUAAAGUGGUUUGAUUUGGA